GAAUGGCGAAGGUUAGGGUCUGAGAAAGUGUUGUUCAACCAUUGGAACCAUGAGAGGUAGUGCUACCAGUCUCUGGCGAUUGGCAAGACGAGCGCGUCUUCCAUUCCAACCACCCGCGCACUUUAGCAAUAACAACACUGCGCUCUCUAUCGCACGCCGCCUCUGCGCAACCGCGCCCUUCCGCCGCAAUGAUUUCUCCUCUUCCCGCCAUCCACCACCCUUUCGAUUCUCCACCGGGCAACGUAGGACCAUGUUCAUCCAAACGCAGGCCACGCCCAAUCCCUCCUCUCUCAUGUUUUAUCCCGACAAGCCUGUCAUGCAGGUUGGAAGCGCCGACUUCCCCAACCCUCGCUCCGCCAUGAAUUCUCCCCUCGCCAAAUCGCUCUUCGCAAUCGACGGCGUUACUCGCGUUUUCUUUGGAUCCGAUUUCGUUACCGUUACGAAAUCGGAAGACGCUGCCUGGGAAUUUCUGAAACCCGAGGUCUUUGCCGCUAUUAUGGAUUUCUACUCUUCCGGUCAGCCUCUCUUUUUAGAUUCUCAAGCCGCCGCCGCCAUGGACACCGCUAUCCACCAAGAUGAUUCUGAAACAGUCGCGAUGAUCAAGGAGCUGUUAGAGACUCGAAUUCGGCCAGCAGUGCAAGAUGAUGGUGGGGACAUCGUAUAUAGAGGUUUUGACCCAGAUACUGGAAUAGUAAAACUUAAAAUGCAAGGGGCAUGCAGUGGUUGCCCAAGUUCAUCAGUGACUCUGAAAUCAGGCAUUGAAAAUAUGCUGAUGCAUUAUGUUCCUGAGGUCAAGGGUGUGGAACAAGAAAUGGAUGCCCAGGAUGAUGAAGCAACAUUAAGUGGACAAAUGAGUAGUUGAACUUUUGUUGUUUUUGCUCAAAAAAGCUACCUGCAUUUAGUCUCGUCAUGCAUGGAUUUCACACUCGACGGAGCCAAUGCAACGGCAGCACGGGAUAGAAACAAAAGUCAGUGUACUAAAAUUACAUAUUUAAUAAACCGUGAGUUGGAUACAUUGUAGUAGGCAUGAAAUCAUCAUUCCAAGAUACUUGGAUCUUGCUGACAUAGGAUGAAGGUAAAUUAAUAACACAAUGCACAAUGUCAUUACACAGAGACCAGGUCCUGUACCAAUAUUUUUCGGCCCCUUAGCUAUGAUUCUUGGUCAUUUGUUCAUGUUGAGGUUGUUGGAAUAGUACAAGGCACUGUUUGUCCGUUGCAUGUCUUCAGACACACCCCUAUUUCAUCCUUGUAGUGUUCGAAUAUGUUAUCCCACAUUUUACUUCUCAUAUACAUGACCUAUUUAGGUAUUGGAGGUUA